CUGGUCUUAAAGGAGCUGAAAAAUGUCGCCUUCGACCAAUUUGAGCCUGAAUUCUGCUGCCGAUACGUGGACGACACUUUCGUUAUAAUCGAACAGAACAGGCUAGCAGACUUCCAAAACCUGCUUUACGGUAUCUUCCCCGACAUCAAAUUCACAAUGGAGGAAGAGAGUGCCGGACAAUAA